AUGGCUGAUGUUGUUGCCGAACUUAUCAACACGCCGAUCACUUGCGACAGUUUCCGCUCUGCCUCAGAUACUCGCACACAGCGACAGGACCUAAUUGCCCCGCACCCAGUUACAGCUACAGUUCCAUACCCAUUCCCUUCCGAUUCCCAUUCCCAUAACGAACCCUCCUCAACCUCUCCCAACCCAACCCCAUUCAAGGUGAGCAAUGUAAAAACUUCCUGUGCACUCAUUUAG